GAAUAGCAAGUAAAAAGAUGUAGCUGAAGUGCAAAACAGGAAAAAAUUUUCUCUGAGAUUGAGAAACCGAAAGUUUAAGUGUGGUUUUUCUCACAUCUAAAUUUUAUAAAUUCACUUCUGUUAAAUUUGCUACAAUUAAAAAGUACUUUUUUUAAGAAAUGGAAGGUGCUGAAUCACCCACAAGUGCUCAGCCAAAUUUAAAUGAGUUAGCAGUGGAUAUGUUUCAGAAAAGUGCAGAAUAUAUUGGAGGAGAAUUAGCAGUUGCCCAAGAUGACUACAAACUUUUGACUGACUUGAAUCGGGAAUGUGACAUGACUUAUGCAGGGCUAAGAAAAAUAGGAGGAAAUUUAAAUAAACAACUAAAAGAAAUGACUGAAAAACG